AUGUCUUUCAAGCUUUCCGAACUUGUCCAGCAACAACUCCUCAUCUUCUUCCUCUCUUCCACCAUAGCCAAAUCUCAGGUUAUAAAUGGCAGCCUGAAGAGCCCAGUUUCAGCCAUCUUUGCCUUCGGUGACUCGACUGUUGACACAGGCAACAAUAACUACAUUGCAACUCCAGUGAAGAGCAACUUCCCACCCUAUGGAAGGGAUUUCUUCACUCAUAUUCCAACAGGGAGGUUCACCAAUGGAAAACUCAUUACUGAUUUUGUGGCUUCCUACUUAGGCAUCAAAGAAGAGCUUCCCCCUUACUUAGACUGGUCUCUUGGGGUAGAUGAGCUCAUGACUGGUGUCAGUUUUGGAUCAGCUGGAUCUGGACUUGAUCUAAUAACAGCUAAAAUAAGUGCUGUAAUUCCAGUUCUAGACCAACUGGAUUAUUUCAGAAACUAUAUGGACAGGCUUGAUCAAAUGAUUGGAAUGAAUAAAAGAGAAGAUCUCAUAAAAAGAGCAGUCUUUGUUCUUAGUGCUGGCACAAAUGACUUCAUUUCUUAUUCAACUGUUCCCCUUACCAGGGAAGUAUUUUCUGUAGAAGGUUAUCAAGGCUUCCUUCUUGAUAAAGUUAAGGAAUUUAUCCAGGCUUUAUACAAUUUAGGGGCAAAUAGAAUUGUGGUUUCCGGCCUUCCACCAAUGGGCUGUCUUCCCAUUGUUAUUACUCUCAAAUCCAGAGAUGGAAUCCAUGACAGAGGAUGUAUAAGUUCUUUCAAUUCCAUAGCUCUUGACUAUAACCUGAAGCUUCAAGCCAUCCUGCAGGAAUAUUCUUCUUCAACUGAGCUUCAGAUAUUUUAUGUGGAUUCAUACAAACCUCUCAUUGACAUUAUAACAAGCCCAGCUUCAUAUGGAUUCAUGAUAUCAUCCGAAGGAUGUUGCGGAACCGGAUUAGUCGAGGCAGCAGUGCUCUGCAAUCUGAAAUCUCUUGUAUGUCUUGAUGCGUCAAAAUAUAUCUUUUGGGACUCUAUUCAUCCUACAGAGAAGGCUUACUUCAUCAUCUUUAAUAGCUUCAAGCCAGUGAUAGAACAUGUACUCAACAGCUAUUAGUAUUUUUUUUGCUGUUUCACUUGUAACUUUCCACAAUUUCUCACUGUACUACCAGAGUAGCCGGUCCUGGAAAUUUUGUUCAAGUGAUACACUGUCAAGAUCAUUUUAUCAUAAAUUAUAUCAGAACAUACUCAAUGAUUAUGGUGAAGAGACAAAGGAGUGCAAGUUUGCAUUAGGCUCCAAUUGGGAAAAUUUGUUUCUUGACUUUCUGAUACACCCACCGAGGUUUAGGGUAGUUGGUGGGCGAGCACG